GUAUGAUCCAAAAUUUUGUUUGGCCUGCAUGACUGAGGGUUAAUUACAUUUUUUUGGCUUCAGUUUUCCAGUCAGAGCAUGAACUCCAUUGAUCUCAUCUUCACAUAGUAUCAGAGAUAAAUGAACUGAUGAACUUUUGUUGACAAGGCAGACUUCUGGCUGUUUUUGGCAAAUGGUACACCACUAAAGACAGACCAGCCCCAAAGAAAGGAAACCAUCAGGACGCCCAGGGGCAUGACACUCUGGAAUGCUAAUCCUGAACGUCCACGAAAAGCUUGGCUAGGUCCCGUGAAUGGGAGUCUAUUGAUUUCUGCUCAGCGGCUCUCAAAUCUGUUGAGACACGACCAGUGAACUCGUCAUGUUAUUGGGUUUUUAUGACUGGACGUCAGGCCAUUUCCACCACGGUGUCUUUAGUCAUGAGGAACAGGGCAUGGACUGAGCGGUGCUUUUUGUUUGGAAUACUGUUUUUGAUCAGUUUCAUGUAACCCUUAUUUUGUGGAAUGGCAGUAUACUGUAGUAUAUGCAAUGGACAUGUAGACAUCAUUUCAGUUUUAUUUGUAUGGAAAUACAUGUACCCUGAACAUGUAGGACUGUCACCAUACGAGGCCUUGGAAUGAUAGUUACAAUGUAGCUAUUGUACAUGAAGAACAGGAAAGACGGAUUUACCCUAAUUCAAGGUCCUGUCCUACCGACCACACUGCUACUGGAUCUACUCGCUUGACCUGGAAACGCUGAUCAGGGGAUGAGCAUGUGAUUACAGGCAGACCGUUCCAACUGUCCUUACAGGCAUUUGUCUGUUGACAAAUCAAUGCUUGACUCAGCCACCAGACCAGGAAGGAAGGGGCAACCCGACACACAGGAGCAGAGCUGUUGUUUUGGCCAGGAAACCAUUGUGUGUGAUAUCCAUUCUAGUCCAGGUCGUGGACAGUGGAGGAUGUACAUCUAUCUAACAGUGUGUGGGUUACUCUCUGGUGGAUCGGAUCACUUAUUUUGAAGCUUUUAUUUCAAUGUGAAUCACUAAUAUAUAGAGGAGGAUAUGAAUUAUGAUCGACAGUAAUGAUGUUGAUUCAGACAGAAAUGAUUAGCAGAUUUUCAGCUUGAGAGGUGGGUUCUGUUUUUGUUGCAGUCAGGGGAAAGGUGAGGCGAUAAGGGUGCAUGGCUGAAUAUGGCCACAGCAAGUAGAGGAGUGCAUGGGAACUACGCACACAGCGGAGCGGUACAACCAGAGCUGAUCCAAUCAGCAAGACAAAGUGCACAGGAGAUGGCUGAUUAUUAUCACAGCAAGGUGGUACAAAACGGUCACUCCUCUUCAUCUCAACAAUCGGAAGAUAACUAUUACAGGCCAAGCUCAGCCACACAGAGCCAGGGCAACGGAUACCAGUCAGGGAGCACAGUAUCUAGGGGUGUGAGUACCCCAAGGAGCGAUAGCCGCUCUUGGGGAAGGAGCAGUGGAGAUAGUGGUAGUGGUCAACUCGGUUUGACCACUGGUCAAUUUAGAGCAACUCCAGUGAAGGUCGAUUUCCAGGCCAACGAGGAAGCAUCUGAAGUUUCGGAUAAUGAGAAGGACUAUCACAAGGAACUCAUGUCAUCAACGCAGGACUUGCUUGCCAGGCAGAGCCCUUGGCUUAGAAGUAAAGAGGAAGCUAGGCAGUACUGGAGAGAUGAGGAAAAAAGGACUCACAGGUCCCCUCAACAUCGAAGGCACAAUACCAGCCCUGACGGCAAAUACUUUGAGCAAGCUCUUGGGGUGGUCAGUGCCUCAACGGAAAGUCAUCGAACCCUAGCAUUGACCACAGAUAAUCUCAGGAAGUUUAACCGUGGGGGUGACUUACCCCGCAUAACUCUGACACAGAAUUUGAGGCGUAGUAUGAGUAACUCAACAUUAGACAUGAUUGAGAAAACAGACUUCAAUGCAGCUGCUGUUACAAGGGAUUUUGGGAGCACAUCCUCACUAGAUGUGCAGAGUACAGGAGGAGAGAGUUUCUUCAGAAUGCUGCAGGACUACAAGGCUGUGGAUGAGCGCAGUCCAGCGCCACCGCAGUUCAAGCAGCUUAUCCAGGGUCGUGUGACCACAGUUCACGAUGGGCGCAGCAACACUGCCCCUCUGCCUGCACGGACACCACAGACACCGCAGGCACCACCUAAGCAACGCAGUACUACUAUUGAAAGAAGCCAAACCAUACCCAGUCCUAAACAACCUCGCAGGUACCCAAGCAAAAGAGAAAAGAGGGACAGAACUAAAUCAUAUUCUAACAAUGAGCGCAGGCACGAGGGCUCCUUCUUUAGGAAACUGCGAAAAGGGGAAAGAGGUGAUGUUUCCAAAGAAAACAGUGACAAUAGAACUGCUGAUGAAAUGCUUGAAACAAGGAUUGAAGAGGGUGUUAGGAGGAGAGCAUUUGAGCAUUUUGAUGUGCAGAGCUUACACUUUGAACUUGGGGAUUUAACCAGAAGUAGUGACUUAAUUGCCAAGGGCAACAUGACUACAGGUGCUUCAGCAGCUUCCAAGGCCAGUUCUACCAAUACACCUGAAGGGAGCGUAGAGGAUCUUUUAACCAAUGAAGAGCAGGACCCUGGCGAUAAGCAGAGCAACGAUCUCCUCAGCAGUUGUCCUUAUUUCCGUAACGAGAUUGGGGAUGAGGUCGAACCCAGGGUCACACUCUCCAAGAUGGGCAUGCUAAGCACUAGAGCAAUGAGAAGGUAUCGCCAUCAAACAAUCCUUGAGAAGAGGGGGGCUUCCGAGCUCAUCACCAACGAUGACCAAUCCAAUUAUGUCUGGCGUGGGCCUGUCAUAGAACACAUGGACCAAGGCGCCCUGUAUUAUCGCAAGUACUUCUACAAACAUGAACAUCAGAACUACUUUGGUGUGGACGACUUCCUUGGUCCUCUGGCCGUCAGCAUCCGUAGGGAGAGGGUGGAGGAACAGGAGAGUCCGGUGGAGAAUAGCAAAGACCAUAACAUGAGAUAUAGAUACAGGAUUCUACUCAGAUCCAGUGAGCUUACAACAUUACGAGGCUCAGUCAUGGAGGACUCCAUCCCUUCCACCACGAAACACAAUACUAAUCGAGGCAUUCCAUUGCGUGAUGUACUGGAAUAUAUUGCACCUGACCUACCUCUUGCUUGCUUACGCCUUGCCCCAGACUCACCUAAGGUCAGAGAUCAGCUUCUCAAGAUUGAUGAACAAGGGGUCACAGAUCAUUACAAAGUUGGCAUCAUGUACUGCAAAGCUGGACAAAGCACAGAGGAAGAGAUGUAUAACAACGAGCAUGCAAGUCCAGCAUUUGAUGAGUUCUUAGAGUGCAUCGGGGAGAAGAUUCGACUCAAAGACUUUGAAAAGUACAGGGCACAGCUGGAUAAUAAGACGGAUUCAACAGGCACACACUCACUAUACGCCAUGUAUCAAAGCAAGGAGCUCAUGUUCCAUGUUUCUACUAUGCUUCCGUUUACAAACAACAGACAACAGCUGCUUAGGAAGAGGCACAUCGGCAAUGACAUAGUGACCAUCGUGUUCCAGGAGCCAGGGGCUCUUCCGUUCACACCAAAGAAUGUACGCUCACAAUUCCAGCACGUUUUCAUCAUUGUACGAGUCCACGAACCAAACACAGAGAAUGUCCACUACUCGAUUGCUGUGAGCAGAUCUAAAGAAGUCCCAUCUUUUGGCCCUCCCUUGCCAGCAAAUGCCACUUUCCAGAAAUCAAAAGUUUUUGCAGAUUUUCUUCUUGCCAAAAUCAUCAAUGCUGAAAACGCUGUGCACAAGGCAGACAAGUUCAUUGCCAUGGCAACGCGUACCCGCAAGGAAUACCUCAAGGAUCUAGCCGCUUCCUACGUGACCUCGACGGCCAUCGAGACUGGAGGAGGGGGCAAGUUCAAACUGUUUGACAAGAAGAAGGAGAAGACUUGCCCCAGACCUGCCCCAGACUUCAAGGCAAAAGGAGCUUUGGUUUGGGAUGUUCAGGUUUUCAUGUGGUCACCUAUUGGCAAAGGCGUUAAUUCGAAGGCCGAAGACUUCAGUUUAUCAGAUCCAGUGGAUUGUUUACUAGCUGUCUCCAUGGAUAUGAUGGUUCUGACAAACUACCAUACGAGAGAGGUUCUUUUCUCUAUUCCAUGUGUGUCUGUUAUUGGCUGGACUCCGUAUCCACAUGGAUUGAAGCUGUACUUCAACGAAGGUAACUGUGUUAGAGUACGCAUUCCUGAUCAAGAUCUUGAUGAGGUACCUGAGAUUGUCAAGAGAUUUGAAGCAGUAUCCAACGGUACUAGGACCAAAGAGAUCACCUUGAGACGUAACGGCCUUGGUCAGCUAGGCUUCCAUGUACACUACCAGGGUAUAGUAGUUGAGGUAGAUCCAUAUGGGUUUGCAUGGCAGGCUGGACUUAGGAAAGGAGCAAGGCUUGUUGAGAUUUGUGAGAUAGCUGUAUGUACCCAGACACAUGAAGAGAUGAUAGAUCUACUACGGACCUCUCAGACUGUCAAGGUGGUCGUCGUUCCACCAUGUGAAGAUGGCAGUCCUAGGAGAGGAAGCACACCAAUUGAAUAUAUGGGUAACAGUGAAGCAGUAACCCAGCCAGGUGGGGCGAGACAGGGUUUCAACAGAGGUACAAGCACUGGCAAAGGACCUCAUAAAAUUUCUUCUUCUCUGGCUAUGUCAAGCAGAGAUCUUAGACAGUCAGCACAUCAUUCCCGAUCUGCAUCCACUCCUGGGCAACCACCAUCGAUGCUGCGUUCAGCCCCCAACACACCAAUCUACCCUCCAGGCACCACCGAAGAAGGUCUACCGGUCAAAGGCAGCGUGCGCUCGGCCAUCACGACCUUCGAGCGUCGCAUUAAUGUCACGGAUCAACCAUCGGGCUCCACCAACAAGCAGCACCCUUACCGUGCUGCUGUUGACUACUGGAAGGAUGUGAACACCCGCGCACAUCAGCAGGCGAACACCGGUGGUGGGACCACACCACAAGAGGUAUCCUCCCGUGGGAGUGGUCACAGUAGGGGUUUGUCCCAUGAUGCAGGUGAUCGGUCCUUUAUGAGGAUGGUCCAUGAGAGAAGGAGUGCCAGGGAGCAGAGGAGGAGACCUAAUGACAUGCAGGCUAGGCUCAGGAGUUCUCAGGAGGACCUGGAUCGUAUCGGGACUGGAGCCCAUUCCAGGCAGGGAUCCCUCGAGGACAGCCUAGAUAACUACAGGACUAGAGCACUCAACAGGUGUAUGUCUGCUCCUUCUGGUGUCCAACAUCCAGUCAAGGUUUACAAAGAUGUGCCCAAACCUAAUUGGCAUAGACCAAAUGAACCCAACCCCUUCCCCCAGGAAAGGGGCAGAGAGCAGGACAAGCAACAACCUCAGUUUGUCACUCCCAAAGCUAGGUAUCCACUUCAUAAUGUAGCACAGGCAACUAUAAAGCACACUAGCAGUGGAGACACCUUAUCAACCAACACCAGCGACGAGAAGUGGUAUGAUACGGGAGACGAUGCCAAUGGUUACCAUGACAACGGUGUGACUGUCUCCAAGGAUGUUCCAGAGGGCAUGUACCGUACCAACCCAGCAGCAACCAAUGCACCUGGCUCACAAGACACCAAGGAAGAGAAUAGGAGUAACUAUGCAAUGGCUGAGCGUUAUAGUCCAACAGAACAGCUCUAUCAGUCAAGAAGUAGGGAAGGAAUCGAUAUGGAGCAACCGAGGCUACAGCGCCCGAACCACCUCGCAGGCAUCGUACCACAUCACCAUGCCACACCUAGCAACAUCAGUGACCACUCCACCCACUCCACCCUCUCUGGAGGCUCAGGAACAGGGGCAUCGAGAGACUAUGGUAGCCUCAGAGCCAGCAGACAGUCGCCCGCACGUAGCCCGAUGCCAGGGAGAUCUGCACAGAGCCCUGAGACGGUCCGUAAGAGGGCUCAGAGUCCAAGGCGGGGUGGGUCUGGAGACUAUGUCAGUAUACACAGGAGAGGCGGAGCACCAUCUGCAUCUUCCAGUAGCAGCAUGAGUGAGUCCAGCACAAGCCCUAAAAUGGCAAGAAGAAGACCCCUUGAUGGUCACAAGUCAUCCAACGAAUCCCUCGCUGCCAGGUCACGGGGCAAUUCGGCCACCACCCCCACUGUAAGGAGUGGUGGGACCACGCCCCUCAAGGCUCAGACAAACAACCGGGUCCAGGAUGACCUUCGGAAGCUCCUGGCCCCUGAUGCGUACAACGCUGUACAGGAGAGGGAGAGAGUGAAUGGAGACUCGAGACACACAUCUUCCAUUACCAUUAACGUGGCCGGCAACCCCCAAAUCAUCUCAAACGGCCACCAUGAUGGCCCACAUCAACCCCACCCCUCAUCAUCAUCCUCCGCCUCCUACAGCCCCCUACCGUCCCCCACCUCCACCUCUGCCCCUGCUGUUACCAUGGUAACCAUCCCAGGCUCCCUCCAGGAAGCAGGCUCCGAGGAACACAUCGUGGCUGCUACUUCUACUUCUACUACUAACCGAACUCCGCACUUCCAAAUCUGCAUCUCACGUGUGCCUAAUACGGGGAAUGCACAACAGAAUAAGACCCCUAUCCUGAACUCCCAGUCGCCUCCUUUGAACCGGACUGUCUCGGAGGAGAGCCUUCCCAACCAUGUGGGCACCUACCCCCGGUCAAGGAAGCAGUCCCAUCCAACACCAAGGUCAGAGUUCAUUGUGACCAGCACACAGUCCGGAGCCAUGCCCAGCAAGAUGCAAGCAGAGAAGACCAUGUUGCAUGGAGAUGAGAGAUCAGCCAGUACGGAUGACCUUACCUCACAGGGAUUUCCCCUCCCAGAUACAAACAACACCCUUGAUUGGGACAACCUGGUGAAGGCUGCCAAGGAAUUUCAUGUGCCCGGCAUGGAGCAGUCCGCCUUCAAGUCAAUAUCCAUCGACCACCUUGAUGAUGCUGAUGAUGCAAUAGUUGGUGCUAUCACCUUUGCAAACAAUGCAGCCGUUGACAAGCGAAUGAGCAAAAGCAGCGACUCGCUAUCAGGAGGACUCACGCAAAGGAGAUCACGGUCGACGAGUCUAGGGGAGAAAGACGCAGACAGUGCGUAUGAAGAAGGACCUUCAGCAACAUCAGCUCGGACAAAGAGUGAACUUGAAGUUGAACUCAGAAGACUGACACAUCAAUUAAAUAUGGAACGCAAACAGAAGGAAGACAUGCAGAGCAAAAUCAGCCAACUCCAGGAGGAACGCCUGAGGUUGCAAGGUGAAUCAGCAUCCGCAGCAGUCCAACUCAAACAGAUCAAGGAUUGGAUUUACCAAGGGGAUAAACCAGUCAAGUAGCUUAUCCUUCUGAUCUUAGAAAAGAACUUCGAACACUGAUGUUCCCUGUUGGUAUAGAAAUGCAGACAGUCUAGCCUGUGGCAUAUGUGGUCUUUGAGAGCUUCAUAGAUGUCAUCAACAGUUGUUCCCAGUUUCAUCAUAAUCCUGGAAAGAUUAUGAUCUGUACACAACCAUCUGUUGUCUUUGAGAGCUCAUGGAUGUCAUCGACAUAUGAAAAUUGUUCCUCACUUAUUGAUUCUCCUGGAAAGAAUCGCAUCUUCUCAUGACCAUCUGUGGUCUUUGAUGGCUUGUAGAUAUCCUCAGCGCUUGAGCCUGAUUGUCCUGAUAAUAAUCCUGGUUUCUAAACCAUCACAUUGCCAAUAAAUUUUAAACAUGCUUUGAUGAUCACCUAGUAAAAGAACCACAUAUCUACCAUUCAUGUUUCAGGUGAUAAUUUUGUUUCUCAUUUAGAAACAUUUAGAAAGAACCUGAAUAGACCACCUUCUACUCUUAGGCAUGUAGACAAUGUUUAUAGUCUACAUAUGUGGUCUUCUUAACAUGGUUUAUUGUACUAUCAUUGUGUCAUCUGAUAAACAGUUGAAUAAUUUUUCCAAAUUGUAAAUUGGUGUUUCACCUUUUUUUAGAUUCCCUGCUUUCUGUGUGCCAAAUGCCUUUUCCACUUUAGAAGUGAGGGUCACAAAUACAUACUUAUUUAAUAUUCAAUUUCAGUGCUUUCUCCAUAUUGUUGACCACAAAUGGCUGGUUAUUUAUUGUGACUUAUGAGAUUUUUUUUAACCUUAUUAUUUAUUGUCAGUCGGAAAUACUCUAUUUAGGAGUUAUAAAGUAUGUUCAAAUAACAGUGGAAACACAUUAUAAAAAGAUCCUUGGCAUCGAUGACAUACCUUUUUGUUUUGGGAAGUUGUUGAAUUUGGGAAAUGUUUCAUAAGACUUUUUAUAAGAAAAAUGCUUUGUUGGCAAUUUUACAAUCAGCCAAGCAAAUUUGAUAGUUUCAUUUGAGGUUGUCAUUGAUAAGUUUCAUGAUUUCAGUUUCAGAUACAAGGUGCUCAGCUCAAUUUAUUAUCAUUACUAUGCUAUGUAUAGUAAUAAUAGUGUAUUAUUACUCUGCUAUGUAUACUGCCCUUUCUCCGUAAGCCCCAAAGUACUUAAUAAAUGAAUUACAUUGGGUACAGUUAUUGGCUUGAUUGAUACUCUGAGAAAUACAUACUUCUGUAAACAUGGGGUUUCAGUGCCAUAAUGAAACGGUUAACCACGAAGACUGUUUUAUUGUAAGUGACAAAUCAUUCUUCUAUGUUGAUAAGUAUUCUUACAAGAAACCUUUAAAUCCAAUAUAAUGCAAGUUUGUUGAUGAACAGCCAUUCUUGGUUGAAACAGGAACAACAUUUGGGGCAAUGUUCAGCUUAUUGUUCUUUGUCUGUCUUUUUAAUCACCAUGACGUGAUGAUCCAAGAGUCUGGAUUAGUUAAUCCUUGGGGAAAUCAUAGGGAUGUGGAUUACGGGCUUGGAAGAUCAUUGUGACAGAUAGGUAGACAACCAGUAGAUAGAAUGAUCACAGGUCUUUAUGCUUGGGGUCGACUUCUGAAAAUGAAUUAAUCUUGAAAUAAAUCUCCUUGCAACAACCAUGGGAAAUGCUUUAAUGUAAUCAGAGAUUAUAACUUGCGCUACUUUUAGAUGAAGGUCUAUGAACUGCAAUAACGUGAGUUUGGUUCAUGCAUGCAGUGAGAUACUAUUUAAGCAUGUUUUUUGUAGCAUUCUGCAGCUUCUGUAAUAUUAUAUGAUUUGGUAACUUUGUAUAUUUGAGAUACAUGACCUUAUUACAUGCUAUAUAAAAGCAUUUAUAUUGUGGUAAGAUAAAGC